AUGAAACAAGAAGGCAGUAACCCUGUUGCGCCUCUCCAGGAUUUAAAUGGCGACUCCAAACUCCUUUGUCAGUGGGAUGGCUGUGAGACCCAGUUCCACGACCUUGAUUCUUUGGUUCGUCAUUUAAUGAUAGUUCAUAUCAAGUCAAGACAAUCAAAAUACAAAUGUGAAUGGAAAGAUUGCACCAGGAAUGGCAUAUAUCAGCCUAGCAGGUUUGCUCUAGUGUCGCAUCUAAGAUCGCACACUGGGGAAAAACCAUAUUAUUGCAUUAUCCCCGAAUGUUUGAGAAAUUUCACCAGAAGUGAUGCCCUAGGAAAACAUAUCAGAACAGUCCAUGAUGUUUGUCCAACUCAUACAGAUUUGAAUGAAGAACACAUCUAUCCUUGGUGGUUUCAUCUAAAGAGAGACUUAUUGGGAAAUGAAAAGGAUACUAUGCCCGAUAAUGAGGAAGUACAAAAUCUAAAGAGCCUUGAAUUUGCCAAACACUCUCGAAGAAAAUAUUAUGAGUUAAUUGAUCAUGUUGAUGAUAUUAAUUAUAUUUACGACAUAUUAUUCAAAGAUGGAGAUGACCACCACCAACUCGAUGGUGGUGACCAUGCCGAAAAUGAUGUCAAGAAAAAGGGCGAGCAAUAUAAACGGCAAAAGACUAGUCUGAAUGCCAAUGAAGGCGAACUUAACAAGAUAAUCAGAUUAAACAAGCAAAUGAAAUUAACCGAGGCAAAAGAGCAGAAAUCUCAAAAAUCUGAAAUACGAUCCAAGGCUAUGGCACUUCCAAAUUUGCUCAAUGAGGAAUCUGACAGCAGCCAGACUGCUUUCACAUCGCCUGCGGAACCACCGCAGAGAAUGAAGUUAUCUUCCAUUCUUAGUGGUGAUAUAGGCGAGGAAGAAGAGGUGGCCAAAGAAAUUAAUAUCAUUGAUCAAGAUUCUGAAAAUGAAGAUAAAAAUUCUAAUGAUAAUGAAAACCCUAAUGACGACGAGAUGAUGAAACUCAUUGAUGAACCGAUUUCAUUGGAUUCAUCUUCGUUGAAAUUCAAAGAGAGGGUUAUUGAUAAUUUUAAUACUAAAGCUAAAAAAUUACAAGAGACCAUCAACAAUAUUGGCAAUAAUGACUUUUUGAAAUCGGUGUAUGAUUUCACAACUGCAAAGGCAAACAAUAAGGAAGGUAGUGACAUGAAGAAAAAAAUUGCGAAAAAAGCCAAGAAGUCCGAAGAGGAUCAAAUCACGGAUGACGAGACUAAUGAUAAGCCACCAACAAACGCGAUGGCUGAGGGAAAUGAGGAUAGUGAAUUGGAUGAAUUUGUAGAUCACAAUCCAGAAGCUCAAUAUAACAAGUUGAAAAGACACUAUCUUUGGAAUUUAGAAAUCAAUCAAAUACUAGAAAAAGAUUUGAAUCAAUUAGUUAAAGAAAAGAAGAAGUUGUUUUUACUAAAGGAGGCAUUAUUUGAUGCCAAUUUAAAGCUUGAGUUUGCAGAAAAUGAUGACGAGCUCAAGAAAUAUACUGGUGAAUGA